AUGAGUGCUCAUAGUCAUGGUAGCAGUGGUCUUGAUCGUAAUAUCAGUAGUCGCCUUCGUCAACUUGGACUCAAUCAUCGUCUCUUUCGUCUAAGUCGUGUUCAUGUUCGUGAUUUCAGCUCAGAUCUACGCUUUGACCUUCGCCUUGACCUUAGAGUGGUUACUGGGCCCUUAAAAAUGAUCCUCGCUGCCACCAGCCCUCGGAUCUUUUCAACAUCGACGGCCUACUGUUUGGUGAAGCAGUCGAUUGCGGAUUACCAACCAAUGCUGGCGGGUCCGGUUGAUCCGCAUCCAGACUGGUGGCAUAUGACAUGGAACUCUCCUCAAACCAUCUUCCUCCACAAGUUUCCUUGUAUCAUAUAUGUUUGCGAUGAAGAUGCAUGCUCUGGAGGCAAGCGUGUUGAAGCUAAGGAUAAUGGGAAAGAGAAAUUGUACGCCUACCUCACCUACCGUGUUAAAUGGACUUGA